CCAGCCCACCCCAGGCUGCGCACAGGCUAUUUCUCGUGAAGAACAAGGGGAGAAACAGCGGGUCUGAGAAGGGUGAAACUGGAACCAAGGUAUCCCUCCACCCCGCACCCCGGCACACAUGUCCUAUCCCAGCCUGCCCUUUCUGUUUGCUGUAGCCCUGGCCCCGGCUGAGCCCCGCCCCGCGGGUUUGCACGUGGCCCCCACCUGACCCAGCGCCGAGAGGCGGAGUAGAGUGGGGAGGGCGGCAAACACAGCGCUUUCCGUGGCUUUGACAAGCCCCCCGCGGCCCAGGCCAAGCGGUCAGCCUCCGAGACUACACCAUGCAGGAAGCGCCAGCCACCCUGCCCGCAGAGCCGGGCCCCAGCCCCGUGCCUGCCUUCCUCGGCAAGCUAUGGGCGCUGGUGGGCGACCCGAACACCGACCACCUGAUCCGCUGGAGCCCGGGCGGGACCAGUUUCCUCGUAAGUGACCAGAGCCGCUUCGCCAAGGAAGUGCUGCCCCAAUACUUCAAGCAUAGCAACAUGGCGAGCUUUGUUCGGCAACUCAAUAUGUAUGGCUUUCGGAAGGUGGUGAGCAUCGAACAGGGCGGCUUGCUCAGGCCCGAGCGCGACCACGUCGAGUUCCAGCACCCGAGCUUCUUGCGUGGCCGCGAGCAACUACUAGAGCGCGUGCGGCGCAAGGUGCCUGCGCUGCGCGGCGACGACGGCCGCUGGCGCCCAGAGGACCUGGGCCGGCUGCUGGGCGAGGUGCAGGCUUUGCGGGGAGCGCAGGAGAGCACCGAGGAGCGGCUGCGCGAACUCAGGCAGCAAAAUGAGAUCCUGUGGCGAGAGGUGGUGACGUUGCGGCAGAGCCACGGUCGGCAGCACCGGGUCAUUGGCAAGCUGAUCCAGUGUCUCUUUGGGCCGCAUCAGACUGGGUCCAGCAGUGCAGGAGCUAAGAGAAAGCUGUCCCUGAUGCUGGAUGAGGGAAGCUCCUGCCCAUCACCGGCCAAACUCAGUGCCUGCCCCCUCUCUGGUGCCCUCUUGCAGGACCCUUACUUUAUCCAGCCAGCUUGGGCCUACUCUUCUACUUCUAGCCCCUCCCAGAGACCACCUUGGGCGUCACCAGUCCUCACAGGGCCAGGGGCCCCAUCAUCUCUGACAUCUCAGAAAACUUGCCGUCCCCUGAAGGGCCUGGGCUUUCUCCCCCCACCGGUGACAGGAGCCCCCCCACUGCUGCCUGUGGCUGUGGUGCAGGCCAUUCUGGAAGAGAAAGGAAGCUUCAGCCCCGAGGGGCCCAGAAAUGCCCAACAGCCUGAACCAAGGGGUCCCAGGGAGGUACCUGACAGGGGGCCUCUGGGCCUGGAGAAGGGGGGGCAGUGCCCAGAGAGUCUCCAGCCUCCAAUGCUACUUCGGCCCCAGCCUGAAAGUGUGGAGCCCGCAGGACCCCUGGAUGUGCUGGGCCCCAGCCUCCAAGGGCAGGAAUGGACCCUGAUGGACUUGGACAUGGAGCUGUCCCUGAUGCAGCCCUUGAUUCCACAGAAGAAUGACACUGAGCUGGCAGUCAAGGGGUUAAAUUCUCCAGGCCCAGGGAAGGCCUCCGCUCUUGGGGCACCAUUCCUGCUGGACGUCCAAGCGGCUUUGGGAGGCCCAGCUCUCAGCCUGCCUGGAGCUUUAACCAUUUACAGCGCUCCUGAGAGCCGGGCCCCCUCGCUGGGCCCGGGAGCUGACCCCUCCCCGUGACCUCUCUCCAGUCCGGAGCCUGCAGCCUUGUGCCCUUGUCUGCCUCCUAGCGCCCCCUGGCGGAGGCUGAGCGAAGACCCCGCUACCCCUUUCCACUACCAAGUUAUGCAUAUAAACCGCAUUUUUUCCUGUG